AUGGCUGCCGUCACCGCCUCCCACACCGUUGCGGCUGUUGCCAGCUCCGUUGUGAGCAAGUCGGCCUUCUCCGGCCGUCAGGUUCGCUCCGUCAAGGUCGCCGCCGCUCCCGUGAAGGCUUCCUUCUCCGUCAGGGCCGGCGAGAGGCCGCUGUACUUCCCCGGCAGCACCCCCCCUGCCUACCUUGAUGGCACCCUCCCCGCUGACUUUGGCUUCGAUCCCCUUGGCCUUGCCUCCAGCAACCUCGACUGGUAUGUCCAGGCUGAGGUGUUCCACUGCCGCUGGGCCAUGCUCGGUGCCGCCGGUAUCAUGAUCCCCGAUGCUCUCCGCGUUGCCGGCCUCCUCGACAUCCCCCGUUGGGACGCCGCUAACGUCGCCGAGUACUGGCUCGACACCCCCACCCUGUGGGCCAUCGAGAUCAUCCUCGUCGGCUGGGUUGAGGGCAGGAGAUGGGCUGACAUCAACAACCCCGGCUCCGUGAACGAGGACCCCAUCUUCAAGGGCAAUGCCGUCAAGGGUACCGAUGUCGGCUACCCCGGCUUCGAUCCCCUCGGCAUGGGCUUCGGCGAGCCUGCGAAGGUCAAGGACGUGCGUCUCCGGGAGAUCAAGAACGGCCGAUUGGCCAUGCUUGCUAACCUCGGCUUCUGGGUCCAGUGCGCCUACACCGACAAGAGCCCCAUUGAGAACCUUCUGGACCACCUCUCCGACCCCUUCCACAACAACGUCGUCGAGUCCAUUGCCGCCAUCCCCGGUGUCUUCCCCGCUCCCUUUUAA